AUGUUGCAGAUGAUGGAGGCUGCCAUGCCCUUCACUGCCAUGAUAAUGGUGGAGAGCACAGAUGUGAUCAUAUCAACACUAAUCAAAGCAGCCAUGGCCAAAGGGAUGAACAACUUGGUCUUCCUUGUCUAUUCCAACGCUCUCGCCACCUUCCUUCUCCUUCCCUUUCUCCUCUUUUCUUCCAGAAACAAUCUGGGUGCACCUCUAUCUUUCUCUAUGAUCCUUGCCUUCUUUCUCCUUGGGCUUAAUGGGAGUGUGGGUGAGUUAUUGGCAAACACAGGGAUAAACUACAGCUCCCCUGUUCUUUUAUCAGCAAUGGCAAAUCUCAUCCCCAUUUUCACCUUUCUUCUUGCUGUUAUUUUCAGAAUGGAGAGGCUUGAUUUGAAGAGAAGCAGUGGGAAAACCAAGUGUUUGGGUACCAUUAUAGCUGUGUCAGGAGCUUUCUUAAUAACUCUGUAUAAAGGGCCUGUGUUGAUCAUGUCCUCCUCCUCUCAGUCGGUGGGACAAGAAGCUGUAGCACUGUCACAGAAGCCAAACUGGGUGUUUGGUGGCUUUCUCUUUUUAAUGGUUUGUUUUCUAUCAUCAACUUGGAAGAUUGCUCAGGUAAUUCAUUCUCCAUCUUUGUUCAGGAUUGUUGGGUGGGGGUUUAGAAAGCCCAAAAUAAAGUCACAUGAGCUUAUGUUCAAAGUGAACAAUAUCAUACCACUGUGAAGAGUCGUGAUUUCUAACAUGGUAUCAGAGUCAUGCCUUAACUUAGUCAUGUCAAUAGAAUCCUUAAAUGUCGAACAAAGAAGUUGAGUCUCAAAAGUGUAGCCAAAAGUGACUCAAUGGUCGAACAAAUAGUGUACUUUGUUCCUUCGAGGGCUCCAGAGAAGGAGUUAAGCCUUAAUUAAAGAGAGACGGUUUGAAGGCUACAUAGACCUCAGGGGAGGGCUCUAUGGUGUACUUUGUUCGAGAGGAGGAUAGUUGAGAAUUAUUGGGAGGGAGUCUCAAAUUAGCUAAUUUAGU